AAUAAUAUAAAAAACCGCUAACAAAUCCCAAAGAUCGAUACAGCAAUAGCUCUCUAUAAAUAGUUGGAGCUGAGAAACUCCAUUUCCCCAUACAAACGGAAAAUAAGCCAUUCUUGUGAAUCCACGCAAGAAGAGCCUUCUUCUCAAUCGGUUACGCUCUUAGCUUAGCUUAGCUGCCUAUGUUUCAGAAGGGAAAACUCUUUAACCGAAGAUCUCGUAGCUUUUCCAGAAGUCGAAUUGCCAUUGAAGGAUCUUGAUUUCAUUGUCAUUACUUGUUUUUCUUUUUUGUUUUUGUUUUCGAUUGUUAUUCUUUGCUUUUUCAAUUCCGAUUCGACCAUAAUGGCUGCUGUUGAUAAUGCCAAAGUGUUGGAACAAGAGCGUGAGAUUCAGAAGAAUUAUUGGAUGGAGCAUUCGGCGGAUCUGACUGUGGAAGCUAUGAUGCUUGAUUCGAAAGCUUCUGAUCUUGAUAAGGAAGAACGACCAGAGGUACUGUCUCUUUUGCCGCCGUAUGAGGGGAAAUCUGUGAUUGAGUUAGGAGCUGGAAUUGGUCGUUUUACUGGUGAAUUGGCUCAGAAGGCUGGUCAUCUUCUUGCUAUGGAUUUCAUUGAAAGUGCCAUAAAGAAGAAUGAAGAAAUUAAUGGACAUUACAAGAAUGUUGAGUUUAGAUGUGCUGAUGUGACUUCCCCUGAUCUUGAUGUACCUGAAGGAUCUGUUGAUUUGAUUUUCUCAAAUUGGCUUCUCAUGUAUUUGUCAGAUGAAGAGGUGGAAAAUUUGGCUGAAAGGAUGGUGAAAUGGUUGAAGGUUGGUGGGUUCAUAUUUUUCAGGGAAUCUUGUUUCCACCAAUCUGGUGACUCGAAGCGGAAAUACAACCCCACCCAUUACCGGGAACCGAGAUUCUAUACCAAGAUUUUUAAAGAAUGCCAAACAACUGAUGGAUCUGGAAAUUCCUUUGAGUUGUCUCUUGUUGGCUGCAAAUGUAUUGGUGCUUAUGUGAGAAACAAAAAGAAUCAAAAUCAGAUUUGCUGGACAUGGCAGAAAGUGAGUUCACAGGAUGAUAGAGGGUUUCAGCAGUUUUUAGACACUGUUCAGUACAAAUGCACUGGCAUAUUGCGUUAUGAGCGUGUUUUCGGCUCGGGCUAUGUUAGCACUGGCGGAAUUGAAACAACCAAGGAAUUUGUGGCAAAAUUAGACCUUAAGCCUGGUCAGAGAGUUCUAGAUGUUGGCUGUGGAAUUGGAGGGGGAGACUUUUAUAUGGCUGAAAAUUUUGAUGUUGAAGUUGUUGGCAUCGACCUCUCCGUGAAUAUGAUUUCUCUUGCUCUUGAACGCGCCAUAGGGCUUAAUUGCUCUGUCGAAUUUGAAGUUGCUGAUUGCACAACAAAGACUUAUCCUGAUAACUCAUUUGAUGUAAUAUACAGCCGCGACACCAUAUUGCACAUUCAAGACAAACCUUCAUUGUUCAAGUCAUUCUUCAAGUGGUUAAAACCAGGAGGAACAGUUCUUAUAAGUGAUUAUUGCAAGAGUUCAGGAACCCCAACCUCGGAAUUUGCAAGUUAUAUUAAGCAAAGAGGAUACGAUCUUCAUGAUGUAGAAGAAUACGGCCAAAUGCUUAGCAAUGCUGGUUUUAAGGAAGUCAUUGCUGAAGACCGCACUGAACAGUUCUUACAAGUUCUGCAGCGGGAACUGGAUGUACUCGAAAAAGAAAAGGAUGAAUUCAUCAACGACUUCUCUGAAGAGGACUAUAAUGAUAUUGUUAAUGGAUGGAAAGCGAAGCUGAUCAGAAGUUCAUCCGGUGAGCAAACAUGGGGUCUGUUUAUCGCGAAGAAAAACAAAGAGUGAGUGAAGUUUGAUUAAGUCACUAAAUUUAGUAACAAUGGUAUGUGUUAUUUUAAUAAUGAAGACCCCAUUUUGAUGGACUUUGUGUAAUUUCAUGCUUAGAGAAGUGAUUAUGUCUAGUUUCAAGAUUAUUGCUAUUACCAUUGUGUUGUAAUUUUACUAUUGUGAUAUUGAAACAUCAGAUUUGGUAAGGAAAGAAAUAAUAGUUACCUUUGUCUUUUCA